AUGUCUCCCAUACACUGGCCCUCCACGAAUCCCGUGUUUCCACUGAGCAAGCACGAGUUCACUGCUGGUGCUGAUCUCAGCGCGACCAAGACGCGCAUCGAGGUAUGGGGACGGAUGAGCUCCGGCAGCAGCAUGACCGAUGCCAAGGGCAAAGGGAGGGAGAAGCAUCCCGACCUUUCUGGAGGCGAUGCGGAGUGGAAGGUGCUGGAGUCGUGGGAGGUCGCACUCAACGACCUUAAGCUCUUGCCAGCCGACCUUGCUGCGCAUAAAGCGCAUCUCCCAUUCAAUACGCUCAUAGUCACGCUAUCGACUGGUGAGACGCUGUAUGCGCCACCGAAGUCGCUGUCAAGUCCUCCGUCCCGAGCUCCAUCACCUGUCGGGGGUUAUCGCUCGGACCCCGAAGCGGAGGUUCACCGAAUCAAGGAUCUGGUCAAAUCCGCGAGCUGGCAGGAUCUACUCAAGUUGAUCAACCUACAGGCUGUGAUACAAGAUACCCAGCAAUCGCUGGGGAACGUUGUCCACCAGAUUGAGAAGACCGUCGUCUGCAACGAGGCGCAUGUGUUGUCUCGUGAGGCAUCUGAGCGGCAAGCAUUGGUCACCGAGCUACACAGUGAAGUUUCGGAAGUUCAUACCAAUUCGGAAGCUUUGCGCGCCCGAAUAUCUAUGCAUCAGGACGAUCAGGCGACAGCAUCGCGAACGGAAAAGUUGAUCUCACAAGAGCAGGCUCAGUUAUCGUCGCUUCGAAGCAUGCUUCCUAUCAUGCGCAGCAAUCUCAUCUCUAUCGUGUCGUUCAUAUACCCCAUAGACCUUGUGUCUCCACCGGAUCUUCUUUUCUCCAUCCUGAAUGUCCCAUUACCCAUUCCUGUUGCCACCACCGAUCCUGCACCGCCAUUAUCUCUACCAGCCUUCAAGGAUGUCAAUGAGGACAGCAUUGCAACUGCCUUGGGAUAUUCGGCGCAAGUAGUCCAGCUUCUUGCCGCCUACCUUGGGCACAGGCUCGUUUAUCCUGUGACGUGCGUCGGAAGUCGAAGCAUGAUUAAGGAUGGCAUCUCCGCAAUGGUUGGACCUCGCAGCUUCCCGCUCUUUUCCAAAGGGGUAGAUACUUACAGAUUUGAGUAUGGCGUGUUCCUGCUGAACAAGGACAUUGAAUCGCUCAUGAGCGAACGCAAUCUUCGAGCACUUGACAUGCGCCACACGCUGCCGAACCUGAAAAAUCUUCUCCUGACGCUCACCGACAAGGAACAGCGGAGUAUCCCCGGCCAUCGGAUCUCUUCGGCGUCCUCGCUCUCGAUCUCUUCUCUGCAGUCGGAGCUGGCUGCGAACGCUCCCUCCGAGCGGACCGAUGCCCCAUCCACGGAGUCCGUGACGACCGGGCCCUCCGAGAACGGCGGCGCGACGCCCCGGCCGCGGAGCACGAGCCCGCCUCCGAGCGGAGCGACGACGCCGACGAAGGGGACGGCGACCAGCCGCGCGGCGGCGCCGCGCAAGUCGUACUUCGACCUCGCGCCGCUCACGGGCUACUUUACGCUCCGCGGGCGGAAGCCGGCGGCCAAAGAGGACGCGGGCGGAGGCGCGCAGGCGCAGGCGUCGGCUAGUGCCCACGGCGAUCAGAGCGGCGGCUCGGAGGGAGGCGCGGGGGAGGACGAGGACGAGGACGACAGGCGGACGAUCCGCGGCGGGGCGGUGAGCGGGGACGAGGACGAGGGGGAGACGAAGGUGGCGAACGGGGACGCGACGCCGAAGAAGGCAGGGGGCGGGGCGAGGGCGGGGACCGCGGCCGGGAGGGAAAAGGUGGCGGGGGCGGAGGGGAAGGCGCCGUCGUCGGCGGUGGUCGUGAGCUCGUAG